CUAUGUUUUUUUUUCUCUCGCUCUCUUCAUCAAAACCAUUUACAUUAAACUGAAUUAAUUAUUCAAAAUAUUCAACUCUCCCCACUUAAAAUUAAUAUUCAUUUUAUUUUAUUUGUAAUGUAGUGUGAGUGGUUUACAAGAAAAUGUUUGGAGAAGAUUCUUGUAUUUCCAACCAUUGUUGUCAUAGCAACUUUUAUCUUACAUUCAUUCAGCCAACAAAAGAGUACAAUUGAGAGCCAGGCACACAACCAUGGUAAGAACAAACUCAACAGCAGAUUGAGAUUUAAACAGUUUAAUUUAAGUGAAACAUGCAAAUAUGUAUUUGGGAAAGUACUAACAUCAUGCAGUGUUGACAAUAGGCCUAAUUCAGGAUGUUUUGUUUCCUUCAGAAAAUGGAAAAGAUAUGAAUUUCACAAAGAUGUAAAAAUGGAUUCGCUGAAAGCACACUGGGCCUAUUUGUUAAACUGCUCCCAGUCCCUGAUACUGGAUCAUGGCUACUGGACAUCAGAAGGUGAGAAAGACCCGAAGGAUAUUGUGAUGGUCAGAUUGAGCAGUUUGCUUUUAAAAAGUCUGGAUCAGAUUGGAUCUUGCAGAGCACUGAGGAUUUGCAUCUUGGCUGACAACUUUCUGACUACGAUCGAAGCUCUGAUGGCAUGCACUCACUUGGUGAAGUUAGAUUUGAAAGGCAAUCAGAUCAUUCAGCUCCCUGAUGCUUCAUAUUGGAGUCAUCUAAAAGAAUUACAACUUCUUUAUCUACAUGACAACAACAUAUCAACCUGGAACAAUAUUAAAGGCCUGUCAGGCUGUUUAAACCUGACUGCUUUAACUCUCUAUGACACCCCGCUCAGUUUAAAGAAGAACUUCAGGCACUGUCUGGUUAACAGCAUAUGGUCACUGAAGGCCUUAGAUAACUUUGUUAUCUCUGAUGAGGAAAUCAUCCAAAACUGGUCCCUUCCCUUUCAAUUCAAAGCAAUGAAGCAACACUUUUGUGUCAAUUUGUACCCAUCUACAAAGCUGAAUUCAUUUGAGACAGAGAUGAAAGCGGUGUACAAGAUAAUCAGUGAAAUAAACAGGAUUCAGGCCAUUUAUUCUCCUACACUUAUUAUACAGCGCUGGAUCCGAGGCCAUUUAAUUAGAAAAAGUCUUGGACUUUGUAGUACAAAGAAACAUAAAGCAUCUGUGAAACCAUUCAUCAACCAUUCAUCAGAAAAUGAGCAGGAACCAUCUCAGUCUCAGAAAACCAAGAAGGAGGACACAGAUGACAACCAUGAUCUACCAAAGGAAAAGAAUACAGAGAUCAAAAGACUUCAUGUUAACCUCAAUACGCUGAUGCAAACUAUCUACCCAGAGGUUUUGUUGAAAAUUGCUGAAACAUUUGACAGUCAACAAGACAUAGAAGUACCAUACAACACCCCUGAAUGCAGAAGUCUGAAAUCUGAAGUCCAAAUAAGCACAUUCGACCAAGAUAAUAAUGUGACUGGUGACCUCUAUAUUGAAGAAAUUGAGGAAGGAACCUUUCAUGUUUUGGGACUGAAGGCUUUGGUUCACCAGAGUGAGCCAUUGAGUGACAUGUUGUGGUCCCGUAAAGCUGCGGGACAGGACAUCCGCGAAGCCAUCAGCCAUUUUCACACUCAGAGACCUGGUCUACAGCCUCACUCACCUGCCAUUACUUCAGGGAAGCAUCUGAUUGGUCAUUGCCAUGACAAUAUCAGUCUCACCCCCUUUAAAGUCAUUGAAAGAGCCCAUCAUACAUUUGACAAGGCCAGAAUACAGAGAAACCUUGCAGAGAAGGUAACCGAGCGCCACAUUGACCGUGAAGUAGCCAAAGGCCGCAGAUCCGACUUCAUGGAGGCUCGGAGGGCAGAAGUGCGUCUGCGUGAGGAGCGUGAAAGGGCGGAUAUGGAGAAAACUCUCACUCUACAGAGAGCCAGGCUAGAACAGGACGUCCAUCAUGCACGUCAGAAACAUGCCCAGUUUCUGGAAGAGAAGAAGAGGAGGUUCCAGGAGCAAGAGAUGGUUUGCAGUUUCAGCCAACAGCACAACUCUCUAGCGAGGGCCGUACUUAGAUACAACACGUGGAAACGUGGUAACCAGCAAUAGAUGCAUGUAUGAUUUUGAUUAUACUCAGUUUAACAUGGAACAUGACAAUUGAAUGUGUGUGUAAAUUCAAAAGCAGACUUACUGUACUAUAGUAUAGAACAGUAUAAUAUAUUAUAGUACUCACCAGAAGAUGUCUGCAAAGAUUAUAUAUAUAAUAGAUAUUGAGAUCUGCUCCUCUUUUCAAUAUCCAAAACAUUACAUAACAGGGAUCCAAAAAUACUCUCCUAAUACACAACCACCCCCAUCCGUCAGGCACAAGUCAAGAGCAACUAGUACUAAAGCCACAGUCUAACUUUACAUAACAAAUAAUUCCACAUU